AGUAGGAAGUUGAAAGUAAUUAUUUUUGCUUUGCUGAGAGUUGUUUGGAAUAGGGACGAGAUAAUAGUAUUAUUAGGCAAGUUUCAUGUAACUUACUGAAGCAUAAAGGGAAAGAAAUAUAAUAAGAAUGUGUUUGAAUCUAAUCAAUUAAAAUGUACCAAAUGUCUCGUUAAUUAGAGAAUACGUUUACAAAUUGAAAAUACAUCAAUAAUAUCAGUCUUGCUAUUCAAAUUUUUCCCUUCUCCCACACUAACAUUCACAUAAAAAUAUAAAGCAGAAAGAGAGAAAGACUAAUUUGAAUAUAAAAUAAAACCCGAAAAAACAUUCGGAGUAGAUGAAAUAACACCAUAAAAGGAUGGGUCAAGGAAUAAAUAGAUGUGUAGAUGUAUAGAAAGUAUAAAAUAUUCUGAAACAGUGAGAAAAAUGUGAGGCUAUUCAUACGGAUACGUUUGGCUCAAACUCCAUUUAAUCAAAAGUUUUAGAGACCAGGAGGUGACUAGAUGAAACAUAGUUUGGAGGACCGAACAACUUUUCACCCUGUCAGACCAACAAAUUACAAUACACAUACCCUGAUAGAAAGAAGAUAGAGGAAAAUUCAAGUAGAAAAAUUAUAUCUAGCAUGCAUAGCAAUAUCAACAAUACCAGCAAAAGUAAGGAAAUUUUUGGAAAAAAUACCUCAGACCUCACAAGGAAACAAUGAAACAAACGUCUUUGAUCGAUGAAGUAAAUAAGAAACAGUUAAAUUGGAAAUUGGUGUCGGUAUAUAUUGAGAAUGAGGCAACAAAGAAUGACCGAAGUAACGAAAAAUACACAAGGGAACACCAAAAAAAUAAUAGAUUGACAGAAAUAGGAUAAAACAAAUAGAAAACUCUAUAGAAAAUGAAAGUACUUUCUAGCAAAAAAGCUUGGAAAAUAGGUGGAAUCGUACAAGAAGUCUGAAAAAGCAUUAGCAAAAAAAACAAAAAGAAAAAUAAAUAAUGUUUAGGUUUAUAAUUCAUAGUCCUGCAAUUAAAAAAUUCAUAUUAGUUCAUUAGAUUGCAUACAGUCAAUUUAAACAAAAUAAAGUAAAUUAUGAAUGGUUUCACAUAAACUAAUAACUGUUUAAUAGUAUUGUGAUAUUUUUAAAAACUUCAGUGUAUGAUUUUCAUGAUAAUGGAGCAUAUUUUCUCUCUUCCACUCUAAAAACCACUUUAAUUUUCAAGCAAAGCAUGUAUCUCAUUCGAAAAUGUCAUUAAUAGUUUUAUUUCCAGGAGGACGCCGAUAAAGUAUACGACCUGCUAAAACAAGCAAGUGCCUUAAAAAACGAUUUAAGAGAAACCUUGUACCUCAAUGACAUCAUCAAUCUUUUGAAGGGUGACAUAGAAAAAGUUAAACUGAAGAAGCUCCCCUUCCGCAUAUUUUACGCCCGAAUCGAAGAGGGUGAACCAGAAAUCAACCUCAUUAUAUAAAACUCCAUUCCAGUGUUAUGAUCACAAUCGGAUUAUAAAGACGUAUUAGUUGAAAAAUGAAACUACCAUUAUCAACACUAUCAAUUAUCUAUUUUCUUUCCUCUAUACCGUUUGUCGAUUCUUCUACUGGUUUCUAUAGCAACCCACGAAUUUGAAAUAAUUGUCAAAAUGGCUAAGAAGGGUCAGCAAGUACAGCUUCAAGCUGAAUUAACCACUGAAGAAGAAUGGGAGAAGUUUUUAUCGAAAGAUGGACUUCUCCUAAUCGAUAUUUACUCGGAUUGGUGCGGUCCAUGCUCUGGAAUGGCGGCUAAUUUGAAGAAAAUAAAACUGGAAUUCGGUGGAGAUUUGUUACUCUUAGCAAUUGCAAAAAAUGAUCACAUUAAGCAAUUGGAAAGAUUCCGAGGAAGAAGUGAACCUACCUGGUUAUUCGUAUCGAAAGGAAAAAAAGUUAAUAUGUUGUUUGGAUGCAAUGCUCCUCUUCUAAAACGCGUUAUUUUGGAAGAAAUCAAGAAAGAAGAACAGGCAGCGAGCGGAGAGAAACAAAGAGAUCGCUAUUCAGAAAUUACUGAUCUGGAGGAGAUAGAAAUCCAGAGACAGGCAGCAAUUGAUGCUGUAAUACAAGCAGCCAAAGAAAAAGAGGAAGCAAAGAGAAUCAAAGAAUAUGAAGAAAGAAAAAUUGCUGAAUGUAAUAAUAUUCUUGAAAAUUUGCCCAACAUUGGUACAAUGUUGAUAUUCCCAUGUGGAAGAGAUAAAUACCAUGACGUUUUGAAUGAACUAAUGAAAGAAGCGAGCCUUAUUACAACUCAAACUGAGAAAAUAAAAAUGACCAGAGAGCUAAUAGACGAAAUAUUCUUUUUCUGUGAAGAAAAAUUGUCUUUAAAGACCAUUGAAGAUACUUUGAGUGGUAAAAUAACCAUAGCAAUGAUAGUUACAAGAAAUGGAGAUCUGCCGGGUGAAAUAGACGAUAUCGUUCUUCAACUAGUUUAUGGAAAUAGUAGGAAAAUGCCCGGAGACGAACAUUCACCUUGCCAGCAAUUGACAUUUAAAAAAAACAACGAUGAUGAUGUGGAUAGUAUUACAGGAAUAUGGGCUCCACCGGAUAAAUUGACAAGAUCUUUAGUUCUUAAAUACCUUUUUCCUAAUAUUACGGCACCUUAUAAAUUUCCGGAUGUUGAACCAACUCCUUUUUAUAUAGCGGUAGCUUACGACGCUUUCAAAACUAAGGAAGUCAUGGAACUGUCAGAUCUUUACCCGGGACAAGUUAUGAUGUAUGGAUUUUUCGAUGACGAUAAGCCUGAAACGGCAACUUUAAUUUUAAAAACGGUAACAGAAUUUGAAGAGAGAACCACCCCGACUACAUAUUUCAGCGAGGAAAAAAUCAUCAUUCAGUUGGCUAAAACCAAUCCAGAAUGUCUACUAGCAUUCACAGAAUUAGGACCGACUUACAUGAGCGCAGAUGCGGAGAAAGGCGAAAUCGAUUGCAAAUACUUCUUCCCCGACGGCUACAAUGUACCAAAAGAAGUAAUACAUGAAGUGAAGAAGAAAUUUAAGAAAAAGAAAAACAAAGCAGCAGCAGUAAACCAAGAAGAAAAUACAUCAGUAGCUACUAGUGACUUGGUGAAGGAACAAGAAGAGCUAGAGCAUGAAGAUGAAGAGGGUAACAGUGAAGAAGAGAAAAUUGAAUGUGAUAUACUACCGGAAGAGCAUUAUGAACAAGAGCUCGUAGAAGAUGGCAAUUUAAGUGCUAGGAGUAUUAGAGAAGCUGAUAAGGCAACGUCUCCUAUAGCCGAUAGUUGUUUAUAGAAGUACAUAAUUUUAAAAUACAAUGCAUAAAGUGAAAAUUUCUUAAUAAUCGAUUAUUAAAUUGAAAAAAUUGUUAUGAGUACUGUCGUAAAAUUACUGAAAAUAAAAAAUUUUUAUAGAAAAA